AUGGUACCUUUUUUGCCCCCCCCCCCCGAUCAAUUAAAAAAGAAAAAGAAUACUUCUCUCACAUCAACUGCCGAAAAGGCUAAUUACUUUCUGUUCAUAUCUAUCUAUAUCAGUCUGUUCAUAUCUAUCUAUCUAUCUGUCAGUCUGUUCAUAUCUAUCUAUAUCAGUCUGUUCAUAUCUAUCUAUCUAUCUAUCUAUCUAUCUAUCUGUCAGUCUGUUCAUAUCUAUCUAUAUCAGUCUGUUCAUAUCUAUCUAUCUAUCUAUCUAUCUAUCUAUCUAUCUAUCUAUCUGUCAGUCUGUUCAUAUCUAUCUAUAUCAGUCUGUUCAUAUCUAUCUAUCUAUCUAUCUGUCAGUCUGUUCAUAUCUAUCUAUAUCAGUCUGUUCAUAUCUAUCUAUCUAUCUAUCUAUCUAUCUAUCUGUCAGUCUGUUCAUAUCUAUCUAUAUCAGUCUGUUCAUAUCUAUCUAUCUAUCUAUCUAUCUAUCUAUCUAUCUAUCUAUCUAUCUGUCAGUCUGUUCAUAUCUAUCUAUAUCAGUCUGUUCAUAUCUAUCUAUCUAUCUAUCUAUCUAUCUAUCUAUCUGUCAGUCUGUUCAUAUCUAUCUAUAUCAGUCUGUUCAUAUCUAUCUAUCUAUCUGUCAGUCUGUUCAUAUCUAUCUAUAUCAGUCUGUUCAUAUCUAUCUAUCUAUCUAUCUAUCUGUCAGUCUGUUCAUAUCUAUCUAUAUCAGUCUGUUCAUAUCUAUCUAUCUAUCUAUCUAUCUGUCAGUCUGUUCAUAUCUAUCUAUAUCAGUCUGUUCAUAUCUAUCUAUCUAUCUAUCUAUCUAUCUAUCUGUCUGUCUGUCAGUCUGUUCAUAAUUAUCUAUAUUAAUCUGUUCAUAUCUAUCUCAGUCUGUUCAUAUCUAUCUAUCUAUUUAUCUAUCUCACCUGUUCAUAUCUAUCUAUCUAUCUAUCUAUCUAUCUAUCUAUACAGGUUUACCAUUACCAUUACUCAAACAAUUUGA